AUUGGCAAUUAGAAAUUGCGGUGAACAAAAAAGAUUUAUAUUUGUAUUCUUCAUUUUCAAUUGCUUUGCAAAUAUAUAUUCGUCAUCAAGUCAGAAAGCCAGUGGCCAAACUUUUGAUUGCUUUAGAAAAGUUAUCAGGACUUUUAAUUCUUGAUAGUGAUAAUUUAUUUAAUGAAGUGAACGGUGAUGGCGAGGAUAUCGAUGAAGAUAAUAAUACUACAUUCUCCUUAUGGGAACCGAUAAUUAUGAAUACUAAGAUCGUUAAUAUUGAAAACAUAAAAAUUCCUUAUAAAAUAACAAGCAAUAUUCGUGGUUUAAAACUUCCAUUUUCACGAUAUUUUAUGGAACAGAUUAACAAAUUUAAAAUCGUAUAUCAAGAUGAUUUAAUGAUGCUAGAAGGAGUCCCGGAUAAUAUUGAUGAAGAAACUGGUAAUCUCAAAUCACAUAUCAUUGACGACUGCAUUAAAAGGUUUUCUGAACAUAUUACGUCUAUAGUUCCUGUGUUAAAAUUACCACGAUUUAAAUUUCCAAAUGCAUAUUUCAAUGACUUUGUAGCUAUCAUUUCACAUGGAAAAAAUUGUAACAGCAAAAUAUUGCGCCAGAUUAUAUCUCAUCAUAUGAGAAAAGAAGUACCAGACCCGAUAAAGCUUCAUAUAUUUUGGUGGGACAAUGAAGAUUUAAUAUUAACUGAAAUGCAGCUAGUUUUAUUAUUUCCAAGUAUCGAAGAAGAAAUAUUUAACACAAAUUUUAAUAAAAAUGAAGAAUUUAAUUUUGAUGAUUAUUUACUGGAGCGACAGUCAGAUAUUAUGAUUAAUAAAUUUUGUGACAUCAUUGACAAUAGUGGUAAGAAAGACAGUAAGAUCAGUAGAGAUGAUGGUUUGGAUGAUAAAUAUGAUGACAAUAAAAAGGAAAAUAAUGAUAAGCAUGAUAAAGGCGAUGAAAACCAUGGAAAUGAAGAGGAAACUAAUGAUAAAGAACAUUCGAGUUCCUUUGAUGAGAAUAGCCCAGCUCAUAUACAAAUUAAGCUUCAACAUUGGCAAC